GAGCAGAGGGUGGUGAAGAAUUUGGUGAAUCGCGUAGUGAAAGAGACAAACAAGGUGCCGACAGAGGUUGCCAAGCAUUUGGUGGGUCUAUAUGAAGCCAUGAGAUACUUUGACACGAUUGCACUUAAAUCUGCUGGCACAAUACAAAUUGUGGGAAUUCGAGGCAUGGGAGGCUCUGGCAAAACUACUCUCGCAAAGGAAAUAUAUAAGAAGAGAUCAUCGAUGAUUGAUAGGUCAAGUUUUAUUUACAAUAUUGGAGAUGCCACAGAGAAAGGACUGCUGGUUGACAAGCAGAAAAAGCUUCUGGAUGACCUUGAUGUCAAAGGUGUAUCCUUUGACGACGUAGACGUAGGCAGAGGGAUUCUUAACAGCCAUUUGAGAUCUAUUUCCGUGCUUAUCAUUCUAGACGACGUGGAUAAUACAGACCAAUUGGAUGCUCUUUUGCCAGCAAAGGAGAGUCUUGGCGAGGGAAGUUUGAUUGUUGUUAUCACACGCAGGUUAGAUGUUCUUAAAGCACGAGGCAUCUCUAACAUUUAUCAAAUGAGAGCUCUCAACGCUACUCAUUCCAGACAACUCUUCUGUUGGCAUGCAUUCUUACAACCCUUUCCACGUUUGGAAUUUGAGGCCCUCGUUGAGAAGUUCUUAAAAGUUUGCAAUGGUCUUCCUUUGUCACUCAAGGUCCUAGGAGGAAAACUCUAUGGUGAGUCUUGCAAGGAUAAUUGGCAACGGACAUUAAAAGAGUUAUCCAUAUUAUCAGACACGGGCAUCAGAGGACAACUGAAAGUCAGUUAUGAUGCGUUAGAUGAAAAAGAGAAGGAAAUGUUCUCGGAUAUAGCUUGUUUCUUCAUUGGAGAGGAAACAAGUUUGGCCAUUGAAGUAUGGGAAGGAUCAGACUGGGAUGGUCAGAUCGGUUUGGAAAGGCUUCUCAGUAAGUGCCUUGUUGAGGUAGACGAUAAUAAUGUCAUACAAAUGCAUGAUCAUUUGAGGGAUCUAGGAAGGCAAAUUGCACGUCGACAAUCACCCUAUCGCCUUUGGUCUCCACAACAGUUUCCCUCGAUUCCCCCUCAGGAAUCAUUACAAAUUAGAGGGAUGACAAACACAAAUUCUGAUCCUUGUCACCUCUGGAAAGAGAAGAUCAUACAACACACAAGCUUUGAGAAGCAAACACAAACAAGCUUUAGCCUCGCGCUCUGUUCUCUUGGAUUAAAACUUUUGGUUUGUAGCAGACAAUUUCUAAAUCAAGAAGUUGGCGAACUAUCAAGAGAACUGCUCUGGCUUCGCUGGAAUGAUUUCAAUCAUACAAAUCUUCCGUCAUGGCUUUCAUUAAAAAAUUUGAGAGUCUUAGAGCUUAAUGGCGCUUUAAACUUACAAGAACUGUGGACGGAUGCUGAGCAUGCACCUUUGCAGUUGAGAGAGCUGAUUAUUACUGGUACCUGGAGCGCUUGUUUUGAAAUGUUCCCGAGUUCAAUAUCAAAUCUGAAAUAUUUGAAAAAAAUAGCACUGUUAGGUUGUGUUUGUAAAGAGUUCAGCAUUAGAGAGCUGCCAGAAGAGUUUUGUGGUCUCCAAUCGCUUGAGCACCUGGAGCUACGACAUUGCAACAAGUUGUCAACAUUACCCACCCAUUUUGGGGAACUAAGAAAACUGCGGCAUCUAGAUUUGUACUCUUGCCAAAUGCUAAGGAAGUUUCCAAUUUCUUUUAAGCAGCUGGUAGACCUGGAAUACCUUGAUUUAUCAGGUUGUAAGAAGCUUCCAUCUAUGCCAGACAUUCUUGAAAACAUGAGAAAGCUGAAGAAGUUGUACUUCACAGGGUGUCCUAAAUUUCAAGAGUUGCCCUUGCAAAUUGCAGAACAAAAAUACCUAAGAGUGCUCCACCUGAAAAAGACAAUGCUAAAGGAUUUACCAACUAACAUCGGUCAACUAAGCAAAUUGGAAACGCUGGUGAUUGGAAGUCCGCACUUGACAGGUUUCCCAGAGUCUCUUGGCUACUUGUCCAGCUUGGUUCAUCUCAAAAUUACGGGAUGCAUUAACCUGAAAUAUUUUCCCGAGUCUGUAGAGCAUCUCAAGCUUUUAGGAUAUUUAUGUAUAAAGUCCUCCGGAGUGAGGUCUUUGCCACAAGGAUUUAGGCAACUUACUAAUCUUCAAAUUUUGAAGAUUUUUGAUUGUCCAAUCGCCGAGUUGGAUGUUGGGUCAGCGUCUUGUACAUCAUUGCGGAAACUCCAGAUGAUACAUCUAAAAGCAACCGAUGUGACAAGAUUAUCAAUUUCUCAAAAUUGUUGUCCCAACCUCCAAACUCUUCAGAUUGAGCUAAAUCGCCGUUUAAUCGAGAUAGAUGUCCUCUCAACAUCAGUCAAGAUGGUGAAAGUGUAUGAAUGCCCAAUGCUACGCAACAUAAACGGUAUUUCAGGUCUAGUAAAACUUGAAAGUAUGGAGAUAACUGGAUGUCCGAAAUUGGGUCAAGAUAACAUCAGAGCAGCUGCUAGGUCGACUAUUUCAACUCACUGAACAGGGAGGUUCAGUUACCUGUAAACUCUUUGAACUGGGCACUUAAGUGGUUCUUCUGAGAGGAAAACCCGAGUUUCUUUUCUGCUGAGGUGUUUUCCUGAUGUGCAUCAAUCAUGUGUAUCCGUGUUUUGUGUAAGGAUUUGCAACCGGCAUUUUUUAUAAAAACCAUCAUUGUUGUCUUUGAUUUAAGUGGCUUAUAAAUGAAAUUAUUGAUCUUGAAUAA